GACAACCUCAAGCAAACCAUCAACCUUGCGACGCCCUACGACCAAAUCACAUUGAUACCCACGACAUCCUAAUUCGAGGAACUCAUACCGAAGCAAGACGAGACUACACCUUUUCCCCACGAACGCAACACCCACCAUCCCUUUGACCGCCUUGGCCAACGUGUACUGAGCGAGUCUUGCAUUCCGACCAUCGAGCCUUCUUACCGCGAUGUCGAAACCUCCUUCCAGAGUUGUCUUUGUAGGCAACAUUCCCUAUGGCCUUUCCGAGGAGCAGAUCAGCGACAUCUUCAGCAGCGCCGGCAAGGUCCUCAACUUCCGUCUAGUCUACGACCGCGAAACAGGACGGCCCAAGGGUUUCGGUUUCGCAGAAUAUCCCGACAAUGAUUCCGCAGCAUCGGCUGUCCGCAACCUCAACGACUAUGAGAUUAUGGGAAGGAAACUUAGAGUCGACUUUUCCAACGAAGGCGGCAGUGACGACAACAAUGACAGCCACGGACACCAGGGCCGAGAUGGCGGCAACCCCUCCCAUGCCUCGAACGGAUACAACCCUGUCGCGCCGCCGAUGCAGUCGAGUACGCUGCCUCCUCUCCCAGCCGGCAAGGAGCUUCCCCCGAACGUCACAGCAACCGACGCCAUCUCGCGCACUCUCAACACCCUCCCUCCUUCUCAGCUCCUCGAUAUCCUCACACAGAUGAAGGCACUGGCCUCUACAGAUCCCGCUAGGGCGACCGAACUUCUCCAACAGGCACCGCAGCUGGCAUACGCCGUCUUUCAGGCCCUCCUACUCAUGGGCCUGGUGUCCCCCGAGGCGAUCCACUCCGUCAUCGAGCCCGGCGGCGCACCCGUCGCGCCCCCAGCGCAGGCCGCGCCGAUCGGCUACCCACCGCAGCCCACCCCUGGCUUCCCUCCGGUUCCCGUGAUGGGAGCUAACAACACCCCGCCGGUUGCCGGCACGCCGUACGCGCCUCCCCCGCAGCAAGCUCCGUAUGGCGCACCCCCGCCGGUCGCCGCACCCCUGGGCCAAGAUCCCGACGCGCUCAUGCGGCAGGUUAUGGAACUGCCGAUGGAGACGAUUAACAUGCUCCCCGAGGCAGAGAGACAGCAGAUCCUGGCGCUCCGUGCAAGCUUUGGUGGACAGAGGCGAUGAGCAUGCUACACUUACCCUGCGCAUGCGCAAGCUAUGGUGUCCAACAUACGAGCUUGACGUUGACUAGCACAACUUCGGAGUACUAUUUUUGGGCGGACACAUCACUCUGGCCGGUGAUAACGACUUGGG